AUGCUGUCUUCUGAAGUUGCCCAGAUAGGCAUUGAUGGCCCAACAAUGCAUGCCGAAGAUACUCAAAAUGGGCAUGCAACAAUGAAGGGUCAAAUGGAUUUAUGGAAAGCGUUGGCGAUAAUCGGAGCAUUUUAUUGGGUAAUUAUGACUGUUGUUAUUGUACCUACCGCUGUGAUCGCAACUUUCAUAACAGUUAUGGUUCCAGCUUUACUAAUUAGUGUUCCGCUGCACAAUUGGAUUGAUCAUAAAAUGUGCAGAAUGGUCAAUGAUCACUGGGUGGCUGCUAUUCAGAGUACGGGUUUAAAUGUCGUUGAAUAUGGAGACGACAUUUCAAAGAUUUCUGAAAAACGGGUUCUACUACUGUCGAAUCAUCUCGGUUUGAUGGAUCAUUUUGUAAUUAUGACAGCUGUAUUUGAUAAAGGAUCUAUUGCAGAAAAGUAUCUUUGGGUGAUCUUUAACAUUUGGAAAAUGACACCGUUGGGUUUAAUGUGGCAAACACAUGGUAACUUUUUCAUUAACGGUGGUGCAUCAAAGCGAGUACGAGUUUUGGAACAGUUCAAAGAUCACCUAAGAAGUAAUUAUUGGAAAUAUGAACAUAGCUGGAUUGUCAUGUAUCCAGAGGGAUCACGAUUGUACCUAAUCAAGGAGAAGAGCGCAAAAUUUGCUGCCGCAAACAAACUUCCACCAUUACGACAUUGCGCCUUGCCCCGUACCGGUGCUGCAAAAGCGAUAUUGGAUGUUGCAGGGAAGGCUACAGAAGAACAGCCCGACGGUGUUCCAGUAUCACGUUCCGGAUCUGAAGCACCGAUUGACUACGUUGUUGACUGUACAAUUGGGUAUCGUAACGGAAAUGUUCAAAAUCUUUUAAGUUACAUGUGUGGCGAAGUACCAGCAAAUGAUUUCUUCGUCGGAAUUCAUUACAAAAUUCACCCCGUUAAAGCUGAAUGGGCCGACGAAGAGGUUUUGAAGAAAUGGUUAUAUGAUCGUUACUAUGAAAAGGACAAAAUGCUGGAUAAUUUUUAUAAAACUGAUGCAUUCCCUGGUCGACGAAGACAAGUAAAUUUUCCUUUCAGUCGUACAGCCGUCGUAGAAGCCUUCUGGACAGCACUAUUUUAUGCACAUUAUACAAUAUGGAUGAAACCUUGUUUUCUCUAUCUGUUUAAAUUGCUUACUUCAUCUGUACAGAACUUUUUUAUGUAA